GUUUAAUUCAAUAUUGAACUUCCUUGUGUGACGGUCCAACAUGUCGAAAUUCGUGCUCUUCACUUUGGUGUGCUCAAUUUGUGCUGUGAUCGGUCAAGCUGGUCCCACGGGACGUGUUGUAGGCGGCAUCGAUGCCUAUGAGGGUCAGUUUCCCUUCCAGAUCUCGUUACGACGCAACGGUUCUCUUACUUGUGGUGGAUCGAUCAUCAGUCGGAAUUUCGUGUUGACCGCAGCGCAUUGUGUAGGCACCACCAACUCCACAGGCGACUAUUACACUUACGAUCCCUCCGUUUUCACUGUGCGCGCCGGUUCAAACGAUCGUUUCCAAGGCGGUGUGGUGGUCAAUGUUCAAGAGAUUAUCACCCAUGAGGAUUAUGGGAAUUUCUUGAACGAUGUUGCGCUGCUUCGCUUAAGUCAACCAUUAAUCUUUUCAACUAAUAUUCAACCUAUUGAAUUGGCAGAUAAAGAAUUACCCAGCGGCACGUCGGUCAUCAUCUCCGGUUGGGGUCGCCUAAAGGCAGGUGGUGAUUUGCCACAAAAGUUGCAGUGGAAUACAUUGACAGUCAUUUCGCAAGCUGAGUGCAGAGCAGCCAUAAAUUGGGAUAGUGAUACGCUCAUCUGCUUGGCUCACGCGGCUAAUAAUGGCGCUUGUAACGGGGACUCAGGUGGUCCAGCCACAUACGACGGCAAAGUGGUGGGCAUAGCUGGAUUCGUUCAUGGCGGUUGCGGCAAUAUCUAUCCAGAUGGCUAUGCUAAGGUCUAUUAUCAUGUGGAGUGGAUCAAGAAACAUGCUGGCUUGUAGGAUGAUAUUUUAGCGGAAAUGGAGCCACGUUAUUUUGGUUUAGAAUAAUAAUGCGCGUUCGAUAAAUGAAAUGUGGUACUAAAUUAGGUUUUUAUUUUUGGUUAUCAAAUGCGGGUCAAAUAUCCAAAGUCUCAUCGGCAUAUGCAAAACAAAAACCCAACAAAAUAUAGAAAGAUUUUAAUUUA